UCAUUCACCACGACCAUAUCCAGGGGGCAGAGAGCAGAGACGUACUGACUAUACUCCUGUAUACCUCCUCUCGACUGCAAGCACAGCUUAGCGACGCGCCAUGUCAGAGCUCACAGUCAAAGCCCUCAAGGUCGACGAGAACCGCUUCACAGGAGAAGGCUCCGAACUAUCUCUCCUGCACUGGCUGCGGCAGGCGGAACAAGCCAUAGAACAACUCGACCCUCAGCAACUCUCCCCUCAGAUCCAGCCCUUGCACGCCUUCUUCCUCAAACUCCUACUCCCCUCCCCUAAUCCCACACUACCCAAACCUGGCAGGCCGAUAAGGCAUCUUGUGACAAGAUGCCUGGUCAACUUGCAUAAGCGAGUUGAAUCGCGGACGCUCUUUGAUUUCGUGCAGUCGCUUGUGAGGGCGAUUAGCGAUGGAGGGUCGAAGGGUAUGAGCGCGGCGGAGAAUGUGUCGAGAGUUGCCUGCUGGUAUGCUAUCGGGGAGGUCAUCAAGGAACAUGGAAAGAACAUGAUGUCUUUCAUGGCCGAGAUCUGUACUUCAUCGCAAAAGGUCUUGAGGAACACCAACUUGUCCGUUCUAUUGCGUACCCAAUCCCUCGUUGCCUUUUCCAAAUCCCUCUACUCUGCCGGCCGAGCCCUGCCCGACGCUCUCCUGAAAGACCUCCUCAAAUCCCUUCGUUGGGGCCUUCAAGACAAAGCUUCACCUGUCCAACGCGCCACUGCCGAAACAUUCGUCUCCCUCCACCUCUAUUCGCCUGUCCUUCACUUGCAACAAACCCUCGACAUCAUCGCGCCCUUGGCCUACAAGAGUCUUGAGACUGCGGACCAUACCACGAGACGCGCCUUAAGCCGGAUGCUGGCCCACUUUUUGGCGGCUACGCAGACACCUGGCAGUGGGGUGGUUCAGGCGGACAAUGGAAGGAAGAAGCAAGAGGAGGACAAUAGUGGUGAACCGACAGUCAUCACCUCGGCGCCAGAAGACAAGAGCGCGAGAACAUUGUUUUCAGUACAAGAGAUGCUCAAAUACAUCUCUGUACCAUACAACCGCCCCCAAUCUCCUCGCAAAUUGCGCAACGCUCUCAUCGACGUCUACUCGACGCUCUUCUCGACCCUCGGGGCGGAAUAUGUAGAGGCAAACUAUGCCGAGAUUGUCAAGCACAUCAUGAACGAGAUCGUCACCCCUCAAAAGGGGCCGAGCACGAGAUACGAAGAGCUGGCUACAAGAGCAGUGGCGGAUCUCUUGCUACGCGAUCUGAUUGGGGAGCGCUUGUUGUCAGAGCCGGGGCAAGUCAACGCCAUUCGCGAACUCAUCAGCUCCUACCUCAAGAAAUGGCAGCCAACCCUUCUCCCCGGACAACCCAAAAUCGACAAGAAUGUGCUCAUCAUUGCCCUUCGUGAGAUCGCCGGACUUCUCGAGCAGCUCGGUAAUGCUCCUGCGCAAAUCAUCGAACUGCUGGCAGAGCCCGUCGUACGUUUGUUGGGCCACGAGUCUUACUCUGUCCGACUCGCCGCCUCCUACACGCUUCGCAGGUUCUGCCAUAUCAACCCCUCCCAGCUGCCUCGCCUGCUGAAUGUCCUUGUUUCGGAUAUCCAAAAAGACCUCGGCUACCUCCCAUCUCCCACUGCGCCAAAAGACCUCUCCCAGCGACUUGUUGGCAAAUCGCUUGGUCUUUCCGCCUUGAUUGCCGUCAGCGCUGCUCGGCCCUUGUAUGUGUCGCAUGAUGUGCCUACAAAAGUGUUUGACAUGGCGGUGUCGUUGCUGAAACAGUCGAGUGAUCACGAGAUCCCGAGGGCGAGUAUAGAGGUGCAAGUGGCUUGGAACCUUGUGGCUGGCUUGAUGAGUCUGGGCCCGAGCUUUGUCAAGAUUCACUUGCCCCAAUUGCUCGUCCUGUGGCGGAACGCCCUGCCGAAACCUUCUAGCAAGGACACGUCCGUGGGAGAAAGAGGCGAGGCCGAGUGGAGUUAUCUCUUGCAAGUGCGCGAGUGUACACUGUCUGCGGUGCUCAACUUUUUCACCCACAACGAGUCGUUGGUCAAUAUCGACGUCGCCCGACGUCUUGCUACGCUGUUUACAAACACUUUGAACUUUGUCAAUGGGUUUGCUACGGCAUAUGCCGAGGCUCUCCGGGAACAAGCGACUUCUCCCAACCCUUCGACUAUCUUUACUUCCAACCCGUCUCUUGUUGACCGCGAGGCGACUCUGAGGAGACGUGUUUUGCAAUGCUUUACAGCGCUCGGGCCUUCGUCCGCUACAGAGUCCACCCAACCAGCUUUGCUCCAAGCUGCCAUCACUGUGUUUGCCGACCCCGAGAAUUACUCGGGCAGCAACACCCAGGCUGCCAUCGCCGCGCAGGCUGGCAACUUUACCGGCGUUUGGUACGCUGCGGACGGGUACGCAUUUGGCGUGACGAGUACUGCUGGGGUCAGGGAUAUCGGCGAAGGAAGGGAAGAGGAGGACGGAUGGCUGAACAGGGAUAAAGUGGAAGUUGAUCUCGAGACACUGUUGUCCAGACCCGUCCUCGGAUCCCUCGAGCAUGAUGCUCUUUCAUUGUUCUCUGCCAAGUCUCUAUCGACAUCUCCAAGCCCACCCCCCGCACAAACAGGUGUCAUUGACGCCGGUGUAUCGCUCUUCUCCAUCCUCUUCCCUCAUCAAACGCAAGAGGGCCAGGUGCAGUCGCUCGCGACUCUUUCCUCCCAUAUCAAGUCGAGCAAGCUGGAAAGGAACCCGGGUCGAAAGCAAGCCGUUGUCGUCAACACGCUCUUGGCUUUGAGACGGAGCUUGGAAAAGACCGAAGGGCAAGGUUCCAGAGCAAAAAGGCAUGUGGGGAGUGGGCAAGUGAGCGAUAUGAUCAGAACUAUCCUCCAGGAUUCCAUAUUUGACCCGACACCCAGUAUCCGGUCAACCUCUGCGGAAGCUAUCGGCCUUCUUGCAUCUCUGGCUUCACCCACCCACCUCUCCAACCAAGUGCAGUGGCUCGUUGAUCAAGUCGUCAACAACCGUUCGCCGGAUGCCCGAGCUGGCUGUGCCCUGGCUUUCAGCGCCAUCUACUCGUCCGUCGGCGGUCUGGCUGGCGGGCCCAUCUUGAAGACUAUCGUCAACAUCCUCAUGAGCCUCGCUACCGACCCCCACCCAGUCGUACAUUUCUACGCCAUGAAAGCACUCGGCAGAGUCAUAGAUGCUGCCAACUUGAGCUACGAGCCAUUCGUCCCCACCACCCUCGGCAUGCUCGCCAACAUCUACCUGCUGGAAACGCACGAGCCCGAAGGCGGAUCUCUGGGAAGUGUCAACCUCCGAGGCGACUUGCCAGCCUAUCAAGUCAUCUGCAGGAUCUUGCACGCCCUCAUCGGCGUGCUUGGGCCCGAGCUGCAAGAGGCGGGCAGGGUCAAGUCGUUGGUGUUUUUGCUGGUGCACGAGUUUGGCGAGGAGACGGAUGAGGGAUUGGCGGUGGAGGCUAUCAAGUGUAUUCAGCAGUUCUUGAUGUUUGCGCCAGCUGCUAUUGAUACGCCAAAGCUCGUCAAGACGUUUAGGAGACAUCUCGCCUCGCCUAGACGGCCGCUCAAGGUCGCUUCCAUUACUGCUCUAUACCAGAUUGUCCAGAGGGACGCCAUCCUGAUUAGCAAGAUCGGUGGUAACCAGCUGGUGGAAGACCUGUUUGGUCUCUUGGAUGACGACCCCAUUAUUGAAGACGUCAAGCGUUUGAUAACCAGCUGGCUGAGCGAGACCGCAGCAGCUCUUCCAUCCGGCUGGAUCGAUAUCUGCCAAAAGAUCAUGACUCGCACCGCCGCCCAGAAAGCAGCUUCAAAGCAACCUCAACAGAUUUCUGCCGGUACAGGCUUUAUCGACGACGAAGGCGAAUCAUUUGCUGGCAACUCGGCGGGCUCGGGUAGUAACGCGCUUUCAUCCCGAUGGCGCACGCAGCUAUUUGCCUUGCACUGUCUGCAUGAUGUUGUCCAGGCGGUGAGUGAGGGGAAUAGGCCGGAGCAUUUCGAUCCAGUGUUGGCGAGGAGGAUUGGUGCGAAUGGCAAGCACAUGUUGUGGUCGAGAGUGGGCGAUCUGAUUAAGAUGGCAUUCUCGGCCAGUGCGGCUGGCGUGAUGGAGGUGAGAGUGGCCGGUCUAAUUGUCUUGAGGGACGUCAUCGAGAAAUUCGCAUCCUCCCCCGACCCGGACUUUGACAGCUCCCUCCUUCUCGAGCAACACCAAGCCCCCAUCGCCGCCGCCCUCACCCCCUCCUUCAGCUCGGACAGUGCCCCCCAAGUGCUCUCCCUCGCCGUACAAGUAUGCGCCGUCUUUGUCGGCAGCGGUGUCGUCAAAGAGGUACCCCGCAUGGGCCGUAUCCUCAAACUCCUAACCGGCGCUUUGGAGCAGUGCAAAUCCGGCGACAUGCUCUCCCUAGGCGAUGUCGAAGAUCUCUCCCCCUUUGCUGCCAUCAUGCUCAAAAUCUCCAUCCUCACCGCUUGGGCCGAACUGCAAAUUGCCUCCCUCCGGCAACCAUACCUUACCGCCGUGAUUGAGCCCCAUCGCUGGCUUCUGGCGCCAUUCUGGAUCGGGGCGCUGAGGGAUUAUGCGCAGUUGAGGACGGACCCCGAGAUGGGUGGACUGGGUGGUGGGGUGGAUAGUGCGGCGGGGUUGGGGAGGGAGGUGCUGUUGCCGUACUAUGAGCAGGCGGUGCCGAAAUUGGUACAUGCUGUUGCCAUCACUUUUUCGCUGCAAAAUCCUUUCGCCCUCGGUGCGAUGGACGGCCAGCGAUUCAGCUCUCCCACCCCGCCUUCUUCUUUACCGACCAUCAGACCGGAACCUUGUACAAACUUUUACAUCAUCUAUGGCCUCGCAUUCGAAUCCCUGCUCAAAACCCUAGGCGACACCGCCCAAUCCUCCCUUGCAGCAGCAUACCUCAAAGCCUUGCAAUCCCUUGUCAAACCGUUUUUGAGCGGUACGAUAGUGUUCGAAGGGCAGUUCUUUGAUGAACUGUGUACGGUGUGUUAUCGGAUCGCGAUGAGUGAGCCGGCGAGCGUCAAGGUGGAGAUGGUGGGCGUUAUGCGCAAUUUCGCGAUUAGCAGGAAGGGCACUGGUGUCGACGAUGCGGCGCAAACGCGUCGGGCACUGGCCGUUGUAGCAUUCACCCUCCGCCAGAUCGUGCCUUCCAAAGAAAUCAAAGCCACAUGGCACCACACCGACGCCCCUUCCUCCAAAACCGCCCUCCUCCAAUCCGCAUUCUCCGCCUACGCCCAGAUUAUCGACUGUAUCGACAUUUCCCAGCGGGCCGACCUCUAUGCUGUGGGGCUGCAUCUGUUUAUGGGAUUGUUGGAGGAUGAAGCGGUUUUGAAUUUGGUAGGGGGUUGCUUGGGGAGUUUGAAGGUGUUGGUGGAAGGGUUGGUGAGGGCGCAAGUGCCCGGGGUGGGCAAUGGGGAGAAGGUGGUACAUGGGGUGGUGUCGGCUUGUUUGAGCAAUGUUGAUGAUAUGAGAUCGCGAGUCAACCCGGUGGCCAACCUUAAAAUCAAAAACAACCUGCUCGCUAUCACUCUGAUACUGACGGCUUUACCGUCUUCGAUCAAAGUCAGCAAAAACCUCGUUGAAGCGACAGCGAGCGCUGUUGGCAAGAACCUCGGUGCUGCUGUAGAACGUCCCGAGCUCGGAUUAACAGCGAUCCACUGCGCCUCCACCCUCCUCUCCGCCUCCCUCCGCCCCAUCCCCUCCCCCCUCGGACCAAACUGUCCCCCAUCCCCAUCAUCCGUCCUCCAACAUACAACCCUCAACCUCUUACCGUUCAUGAUCGGCUACAUCUCUGACACUGUCGUGGCCCACGCUACGAAUGCUGAGAGUGCGCCCCCGCUUGGAGGGGUGAGGGAAGUUAUCAAGGCUUUGGUCGCUUGGGGGACUGGGUUACCGGAGGAAGGAGGGCAGAGGGCGAGGGGGUAUGGUGUGCUUUUGCCAACGCUGUGUAUCAUGCUCGACCCGCCCGGGUCUGCUUCUGCAUCCGGCCCAUCGCAAUUACACGGUGUAGCCACCGGCGUCCUUCUGGGUCUCGCGCAGUCCAGCCCCGUGGCGUUCAAAGAAGCGACGAUGGCUAUGAAAGAAGGGGAGCGGGGAGAGUUGGAGAAGGCUGUAAGGGAAGCUAUUGGUGGGGGUAAGCAGGGGCAAGGGCAGGGGCAGGGGGUGGGGAAGGAGAAGAAGGGGAUCGAGUUGAGGAGUUUUGGUUAG